UGUCUCAUUAAGUGUCACCGUAGUCAUCAUUUAUGUCUCUGUAUUUGUUUUAUUAGCUCUUUUUGUUGACCAUAAUAUUGAAAAAUGCCCAGAAAAAACGUCGGUCCCGGUCCCGCUAAAUAUCUACUCCCACCAUCGAUUGGUUACAAUGGACAUGACUUUUCGAGGAAAAGGAAUCCCUGCUAUUCCAUCGGAACGAAGUGUCCCUAUGGAACGAGACCCGUAGGUCCAGGUCCUGCUUAUUUAACCGCAAAUAUGACUCGUAGAGGAAUAUACAGCUGUCCGGCGUAUUCAAUGAAAAUUAAAGCAAGAGAUUUAACUAUAUUGAAGCCUCCAGGACCGGGAGCAUACGCUCCUGAGCUGGUGCCACCUAUGACGACAACGAGACCACCAGAAUAUUCCGUGAGGGUUAGAACUAAUCCUCCGAAGCCUACUGUAACUCCUGGUCCAGGAAAAUACGCGGCUCCGACAUGUAUAGGCCCAAGAGUUCCAGACAAAAUGGCAAAAGCAGCCUAUAGUAUGUCCUUCAAACACUAUCUGAAAGAUGUACCAAGAUCUCCAGGGCCCGCUAACUAUGCCAGCGUGGAUAUCAGAAUUUUCAAAAUGAAAUCACCUGAUUAUACUUGCCAACGAAGGAUCUUUCCGCCUUCACCAAAAAUCAUAACUCCUGGACCCAAAUACUUCCCCAAGCUGCCAGAGGUUCCCGGAUAUUUGAUUGGUCUGAGAACAGACAACGAUCCGUAUAUUACGGCGGAGGACGAAAUACCAUGCGUAGAAAGAAAACCGAUUCCCAAAAAAGAGGACGCCGAAAGAAUUGGUUCAAACUAAAGGAGUAAACAGUUGAAGACCGCAGGACUUGAAUACUGUUAUCACGUACUUUUUAUGAUUGAAAACAUAUUAAAUUAUUUUUACGGUACA